CCUUUCUCCAUCGGGCGCGCUCUGUUGUGUGGUAGAACUUGGGGUCGGACGGAGGAGCUGUCGGGAGGCGGCGGGAGGAGGAGGAGGAGGAGGGGGUGGAAAAUGGCGCUCACUCAGGGGACCAAGCGGAAAGUCUGCUACUACUACGACGGGGAUAUUGGGAACUAUUAUUAUGGUCAAGGCCACCCUAUGAAACCCCACAGGAUCAGGAUGACCCACAACCUCCUCCUCAACUAUGGCCUUUACAGAAAAAUGGAAAUCUAUCGCCCUUACAAAGCAAGUGCUGAAGAAAUGACCAAAUACCACAGUGACGACUACAUCAAAUUUCUGCGGUCAAUUCGCCCAGACAACAUGUCUGAAUACAGCAAGCAGAUGCAGCGAUUCAAUGUUGGGGAGGACUGCCCUGUAUUUGAUGGCUUGUUUGAAUUCUGUCAGCUUUCUACAGGAGGCUCUGUUGCCAGUGCAGUGAAGCUGAACAAGCAGCAGACGGACAUCGCUGUGAACUGGGCAGGUGGCUUGCAUCAUGCCAAGAAGUCUGAGGCCUCUGGCUUUUGUUACGUCAAUGACAUCGUCCUGGCUAUUUUGGAACUGCUCAAGUACCACCAGCGGGUGCUGUAUGUCGACAUUGACAUCCAUCAUGGCGAUGGCGUGGAAGAGGCCUUCUACACCACAGACCGCGUCAUGACAGCAUCCUUUCAUAAGUACGGAGAAUACUUCCCGGGAACGGGGGACCUGCGGGACAUUGGUGCAGGGAAAGGAAAGUAUUAUGCUGUCAACUACCCUCUCCGGGACGGAAUAGAUGAUGAGUCCUAUGAAGCCAUCUUCAAGCCAGUCAUGUCUAAAGUGAUGGAGACAUUCCAGCCUAGUGCCGUUGCAUUGCAAUGUGGGUCGGAUUCUUUAUCGGGGGACAGACUGGGUUGUUUUAAUCUGACCAUUAAAGGUCAUGCCAAAUGUGUGGAGUUUAUCAAAAGCUUUAACUUGCCCAUGCUGAUGCUUGGAGGAGGAGGCUAUACUAUUCGCAAUGUGGCCAGGUGCUGGACAUAUGAGACUGCUGUGGCAUUGAACACAGAGAUCCCAAAUGAGCUUCCAUACAAUGAUUAUUUUGAAUACUUUGGCCCUGACUUCAAGCUCCAUAUCAGUCCCUCCAACAUGACCAACCAAAACACCAAUGAAUAUCUGGAGAAGAUUAAGCAGCGCCUCUUUGAGAACCUGCGAAUGCUUCCCCACGCUCCUGGGGUCCAGAUGCAGCCGAUUCCAGAGGACGCUGUGCUGGAGGACAGUGGAGAUGAAGAUGAGGAAGAUUCUGACAAACGGAUUUCCAUUCGCUCCUCAGAUAAGAGAAUAGCUUGCGAUGAAGAAUUCUCCGACUCUGAAGACGAAGGGGAAGGUGGACGCAAAAAUGUGGUGAACUUCAAGAAGGCCAAACGUGUGAAAACUGAAGAGGAGGAGAAGGAGGAAGAGAAAAAAGAAGUCAAAGAGGAGGAGAAGGCCAAAGAAGAGAUGGCAGAGCCCAAGGGGGUGAAGGAAGAGACGAAAUCGACUUAAGUGGCUGGCAGGUGGGGAGCUGACAUUCCCAUGUUCUCUGCUCCCCCUCCCCCCUUCUGUUCCUUCAGAAUUUGUAUUUUAUAUGUUUCUGUAGAUAUUUCGAUAUAAAUAUAUUGGGGGGAGUCAGAGAGAGAGCUGGGCCGCAUUUCCUUCUGCCCCUCCCUGGAUAAGCCAUGGGGAGGAUUCUGUUCAGCCCCAGCUUGAGAGAGAGAGAGACAGAGGGGCCCUUAAUCUCCUGUUCCUGCCGCUGCUUCAUUGGGAACGUGUUCUUGGUUUUGUUCUUUAAAGAAAACAAACUCAGUUUCUCCUGCACUUUCUCUCCUUUUGAAAUGAUGAACCUUUCCCUUUGAGAAUUGUACACUCUGGGAGUUUGGUUUGCUCUCUUUUCUUAAAUAGGGAUUUUUAUUUUUUUUUAGGUGUGGAUACAGCCAUAAAACUUGGGGAAACUUUGUGGGAGGGUGUGUGCUAGUGACAGAGCUUGCAUUCCAACCGGCAAUGGCUGUGAAAAGAAUCCUCAUUUGGGCAGCUGUACAUUGAUGCUGCCUCUUUGCAUCCCUGAUGCCUGGUUAGUGCAGGGAAGCUCUGUGCUGCAGCAGGUGUUGUGAGGAGGACACAGGGGCUGGGUGAGUACAUGCGCCAGGGUGAGGAGGAGGUUUUCGGGGGGUGGUCCUGCACCUAUCACUUCAUCUUGACUGUGGCUCUCUCCAGGAUCAGUGCUCCUUGUGUCAGGAGGAGCCGCCUCUUCCCCCUGCCACUGUCCCAGUCCCGCCUGGCUUUGCGUGAACUCAAAAGGCCCUAUAAUGUGUGUGUGUGUGUGUGUGGUAACCAGUUCUGUGGGAGACGGUGCUCAGGCAAGGUUGCUUUCUGAACGGUCUGUUUAGAUAGCACCAUGUCUGUCUGAUACUUGGAGAAGGGCAUCUUGCAGGAGCCGGCAAGUGGGGCAGGAGUCUUGGGGGGGGCACAGAGUGGGGCAGUGUCCUUUCGCAGAGCGCCACAGCAGGGGUUGGCCCCAGCAAUACUGCUACCUUAGCCAUGUCACUCUAGGGGAAGGGGGGGGGGGGGAAAGGGGUUUUAUUUUUUUAAGCCACUGGUUUACCUGGUUUUUAAGUCUUUUGGGUGCGAAUUCCGUGCAGAUCUUCCUGCUCUUUGAUAACUUGUACUUGGUG